AUGUGGAAAGUGAUUGUUUCCCUGAUCCUGCUGGUCCUUAGCCCUGAUGGGGAUGGGCUGUUUCAUUCCAUAUACAAAAACAUCAAUGUUCCUAUAUCAGAAGGGGGAGAUCCAGGCCUACCAUUGUUCCUUACUCCAUAUAUCACAGCCAAGAAACUCAGAGAAGGUAAACGUAUGAGUUUGGUUGCUCCUUUCCCAGGAUCGAAUGUGAAGAGUUAUGCAGGGUACCUCACAGUCAACCAGACCUACAAUAGCAACCUUUUCUUCUGGUUCUUUCCUGCUGAGACACAGCCAUUAAAUGCCCCAGUCGUUCUCUGGCUGCAGGGUGGACCAGGAGGCUCAUCUCUGUUUGGACUCUUUGUGGAACAUGGACCUUAUUUUGUCACAAGUAACCUGACUUUGCGCAUCAGAGACUUUUCUUGGACCAGUACAUUUUCCAUGCUUUACAUCGAUAAUCCAGUGGGCACAGGCUUCAGUUUUACUGAAGACCCCCGGGGAUAUGCAAUCAAUGAGGAUGAUGUGGCGAGAAAUUUAUACAGCGCUCUUGUUCAAUUUUUCCAGUUGUUUCCUGAAUAUCAAAAGAAUGACUUUUAUGCCACUGGAGAGUCUUAUGCAGGAAAGUACGUGCCAGCCAUUGCUCACUAUAUCCACAUCCUCAACCCCAGCUCAAAAAUGCAGAUCAACCUGAAAGGAAUUGCUAUUGGAGAUGCAUAUUCUGAUCCUGAAUCUAUCAUAGAUGGCUAUGCGGAAUUCUUGUACCAUGUUGGCUUGUUGGAUGAGAAACAGAAAAAGCACUUCCAGAAGCAGUCUGAUAUGUGCAUAAAAUUCAUCAAGGAGAAGAUGUGGCCUCAAGCCUUUGAAGUGCUGGAUAAACUGCUAGGUGGUGACUUAACAUCUGCCCCUUCUUACUUUGAGAAUGUUACAGGAUGUUCUAAUUAUUUUAACAUCUUACAGUGCAAGGAACCUGAGGACCAAUAUUACUAUGGGAAAUUUUUGGCCCUCCCACGAGUGAGGCAAGCCAUUCAUGUGGGGAAUCGCACCUUUAGUGAUGGAACUGAAGUGGAAAAGUACUUGCGAGAUGAUACCGUACAGUCAGUUAAGCCAUGGUUAACUGAAAUAAUGAAUAAUUACAAGGUUCUGAUCUACAAUGGCCAACUGGACAUUAUUGUGGCAGCACCCCUUACAGAGCGUUCCUUGAUGGCUAUGGACUGGAAAGGAGCCAAUAAGUACAGGACUGUGAGCAGGAAAAUUUGGAAGAUCUUUAGAACCGAUAAUGAUGUGGCUGGUUAUGUGCGGCAAGUGGAUAAAUUCUCUCAGGUAAUUGUUCGAGGCGGAGGACACAUUUUACCAUAUGACCAACCUCUGAGAUCUUACGACAUGAUUAAUCGAUUUGUUUUUGAAAGAGGAUGGGACCCUUAUGAUCAAUGA